AUGGAGGGCAUUCUGAAUGAUUUGGAUCUCAUCCGCACUGCCCUCGCCCGAUCUCUUCAUCAGGCUGCAGUGGCAAAAAACCCAAAUGAUAAAACCGAAGAGCGUGAAGAAGAUAAGGAAGCGGCAUUUAGCAGCGGCAUAACUUCCACCAAUGCCAAUAAUAAUAAUAAUAAUAAUAAGACUCAGAAAAGUCAUGAGAAUACCCGACAGUCUGCGGUGCCUACGGCGUCUCCUGCGAACCCAACAGACACCACUGCAGAGAUGGCAAGAUUGCGUGAACAAGUCUCACAACUCUCGGCAGUGGAGUUAGAGCGGGCACGGCUGGAAGUGGAACUCGCCGCACAAUCAGCAUCACUGCGUCAGUUAUCACAAUCCCACCACGCCUUAUCGCAGCAGUUAGCAGAAGAGCAACAAAAACAACAACAAGCCACCUGUGCACUGCAGGAACGUGAGGCGGCAUUAACAUUAGGCCGCGAGCGACAUCAGCGAUUGCAGCGUGAGGCGGCGUUAUUGCAAUGUGAACAAGACGCCCUCGCUGCGCAGUGCGGCCGCCUUGAAUGUGCGGUGCGGGAACUGCGAGAGGCACUGCAGCAUGCGAACAGCACCAAUCACGCUCUACGCACAUCCUUAUCGCAGGCACAGGCCGCCUGUGCAGAGCAGCAGCAAUUGCAAUCGUCACUAGCGGCUGCAGUGGCGCGGGAGACGGCGCUGCGGGCCGCACACGAAUCGCUGCGGCAAACACUAGCGGAGACCCAAGCGGAUGUCACCGCAGCGCGGGUGGAAGUGGAAGAGCGACGGCAGUACUGGACGGCCCGCAGUGAGGAACACACCGCAUUGCAGGAGGCCCUCGCAGAGGCGAAGGCUGCGGUGAAGAUGUGGGAGGCACGUUUCCUAACUGAGUGUGCGGCACCAGCAGCAGCAGCGGUGAUCACUGCAGUGGAAGAGGAAAAGGAAGAAGGUGUAGAUAUGAUGGACAUUGCGGAGCCUAAUCAGAGCAACAGUUAUAGUAAUACAGAGAAAAAGAAAAAGAAGAAGAGGGAAAUGGAAGAAAAAGAAGAAGGUGAUGAUAAUGAUAAUGAUAAUGAUGAUAAGGAGGCGCAUCUUUCUGCCUUGGAGGCGAAGAUUGUGGAUCUCGCACUACACUUAAGUGAACAGCGUGUUGCUGCCGAAACCGCAAACGCUUCAUAUGAAAUACUUUCGGCAGCCGUCAAACAAGAGAACCAUGAGUUAUUGGAUGCCCGUCGAAGGCUCGCAGCUCAUGAAGGGGAAUGGAAGAAUCUCACAGAGACUAAUCAGAAGUUGCAGGCCGCUUUGUUGGCACGUGAAAGUCACGUGGAGGCGCUGCAAGAGUUGAUGAUUACUUUAUUGGAUGAACUCACAGAGCAGUCAAUCUUCUGUUACACAUUGGAAUCACAAUUGGCAUUGAAGAGUUUACGGGAGAAUACAUCAACUCCCACACAACGGGGUGGUGGUGGUGGUGGCCCGCGCCGAUCAACCGCCCUUCAGUUACUUCAACAACAACAACGGAUACGCGGUAGUAACUAUGUGGGGAAGUAG